GGGUUUCACAGAAGAGAUGACAAAACUCAGCCUUAAAGGCUGAACAUGCGUUUGUAAGAUUGCCAAGCUGGAGCAGAGAGGAUAAAAACUGUUGCCGAGAAAGGAGAGGAUCGUAGCCACUGGAAUUGGUAUCUCCAGAGUCGGGGCCCAAGAAGGGCUGGUAAAUUUGGGCAGCAUGACCUUGGACUGUCAGGAGUGAGGCGCGGGGGGGUCAGAGAUGCAACGGCGUGCUGCACAAAGGAGUCAGAGAGGGUCCGCUGCGUCCUGGCUGAGGUUUGUGUGUUACUCCAGGUUUUAAAGCAGGAGAGUGACAAUUUCAUGUUUAGGGUUUAGAAAGUCUACUCCAGUGUCAGUGUAGAGGGUGAAACAGGAGGAGCCUGGAGGCCGUCGAGGGAUCUGCCUGGGCACAGCUUGUCCUGGAGUCCCUGCCUGGGAAGGGGAUGAAGAACAGCUGCACAGGUGGACUUGGCUGCACAGGUGGACUCGGCUACACAGGUGGACUCGGCAGGAUUUCGUGGCUUCUUGGGUACAGAGGGUUACACGAGAGGAAUGUGACCUCGGGUCCCACCACCCACUGAGGUUCUGAACGAGUGUGGAGAGGGAGGAGUGUUUUUGGAGGAAGCCUUAAAUCUGGGGUGUGGCCCUGGAGGAGGAAGUGGAUUGAGCCACCACCGAAGGAUUGAGAGAAGUCCUCUUGGCGAAAUACCCAGCUUAUUGGCUCUUGUCUUUCCAGUCUUGCUCCUUUGUCUUCCACUUCCACUUCCAGUCAUUUGUCCGGAGUUCAGGAUUAACUGCCUUGUUUUUCUGCAUGAGUGGCCCCAUCUUGGACUAACUGAUGCCGGGAAGAUGUUACUGGAAUCCGGAUUCUUGUUCACACAGUCGAGGAAUGAACUCCGCGAACACACAGGCUCUAGACCAAGAUAGAACAGCCUUACAGAAAGUUAAGAAGUCCGUAAAAGCAAUAUAUAAUUCCGGUCAAGACCAUGUACAAAAUGAAGAAAACUAUGCACAAGUUCUUGAUAAGUUUGGGAGUAAUUUUUUAAGUCGCGACAACCCAGAUCUUGGCACCGCUUUUGUCAAGUUUUCUACUCUUACAAAGGAGCUGUCCACACUGCUGAAAAAUUUGCUCCAGGGUCUGAGCCACAACGUGAUCUUCACCUUGGAUUCCUUGUUGAAAGGAGACCUGAAGGGAGUCAAAGGAGAUCUCAAGAAGCCAUUUGACAAAGCUUGGAAAGAUUAUGAGACAAAGUUUACAAAAAUCGAGAAGGAGAAAAGGGAGCAUGCCAAACAGCACGGGCUCAUCCGCACGGAGAUCACCGGAGCCGAGAUCGCGGAAGAAAUGGAGAAGGAGAGGCGCCUCUUUCAGCUCCAGAUGUGCGAAUAUCUCAUUAAAGUUAAUGAAAUCAAGACCAAAAAGGGUGUGGAUCUGCUGCAGAAUCUGAUAAAGUAUUAUCACGCACAGUGCAAUUUCUUUCAAGAUGGCUUGAAAACGGCUGAUAAAUUGAAGCAGUACAUUGAAAAACUGGCUGCUGAUUUAUAUAAUAUCAAACAGACCCAGGAUGAAGAAAAGAAGCAGCUGACUGCGCUCCGAGACUUAAUCAAGUCCUCUCUUCAACUCGAUCAGAAAGAAGAUUCCCAGAGCCGGCAAGGAGGGUACAGCAUGCACCAGCUCCAGGGCAACAAGGAGUAUGGCAGUGAGAAGAAGGGGUACCUGCUGAAGAAGAGUGACGGGCUCCGGAAAGUGUGGCAGAGAAGGAAGUGCUCCGUCAAGAACGGGAUUCUGACCAUCUCCCAUGCCACGUCCAACAGGCAGCCAGCAAAGCUGAACCUUCUCACCUGUCAGGUGAAACCGAACGCCGAGGACAAGAAGUCUUUUGACCUGAUAUCACAUAAUAGGACGUAUCACUUUCAGGCAGAAGAUGAGCAGGACUACGUGGCGUGGAUCUCCGUGCUGACGAACAGCAAAGAGGAGGCCCUGACCAUGGCCUUCCGUGGAGAGCAGAGCACCGGGGAGAACAGCCUGGAAGACCUGACGAAAGCCAUCAUCGAGGACGUCCAGCGGCUCCCGGGGAACGAGGUCUGCUGCGACUGUGGCUCGUCAGAACCCACCUGGCUUUCAACCAACUUGGGUAUUCUGACGUGUAUAGAAUGUUCCGGCAUCCAUAGGGAAAUGGGGGUUCAUAUUUCUCGCAUUCAGUCUUUGGAACUAGACAAAUUAGGAACUUCUGAACUCUUGCUGGCCAAGAAUGUAGGAAACAAUAGUUUUAAUGAUAUUAUGGAAGCAAAUUUACCCAGCCCCUCACCAAAACCCACCCCUUCAAGUGAUAUGACCGUACGGAAAGAAUAUAUCACUGCAAAGUAUGUAGAUCAUAGAUUUUCACGGAAGACCUGUUCAUCUUCAUCAGCUAAACUGAAUGAGUUGCUUGAGGCCAUCAAAUCCAGGGAUUUACUUGCACUAAUUCAAGUCUAUGCAGAGGGGGUAGAGCUAAUGGAACCGCUGCUGGAACCCGGACAGGAGCUCGGGGAGACGGCCCUCCACCUUGCCGUCCGAACUGCAGACCAGACAUCUCUCCACUUGGUUGACUUCCUGGUCCAGAACUGUGGAAACCUAGACAAGCAGACAGCGCUGGGGAAUACAGCUCUGCACUACUGUAGUCUGUACGGCAAACCUGAGUGCUUGAAGCUGCUUCUCCGGAGCAAGCCCACUGUGGACGUGGUUAACCAGGCUGGAGAGACUGCCCUGGACAUAGCAAAGAGACUGAAAGCCACCCAGUGCGAGGAUCUGCUUUCCCAGGCUAAAUCUGGAAAGUUCAAUCCACACGUGCACGUAGAGUAUGAGUGGAAUCUCCGGCAGGAGGAGAUGGACGAAAGCGAUGAUGAUCUGGACGACAAGCCGAGCCCCAUCAAGAAGGAGCGCUCGCCCAGACCUCAGAGCUUCUGCCACUCCUCCAGCAUCUCGCCCCAGGACAAGCUGUCGCUGCCGGGGUUCAGCACGCCAAGGGACAAACAGCGGCUCUCCUACGGCGCCUUCACCAACCAGAUCUUCGUCUCCACAAGCACAGACUCGCCCACAUCACCGACCACAGAGGCGCCCCCGCUGCCUCCUAGAAACUCCGGGAAAGGUCCACCUGGCCCACCUUCAACACUCCCUCUAAGCACCCAGACCUCUAGUGGCAGCUCCACCCUGUCCAAGAAGAGGCCUCCUCCCCCGCCACCCGGACACAAGAGAACCCUAUCCGACCCUCCCAGCCCACUCCCUCACGGGCCCCCAAACAAAGGCGCAGUUCCUUGGGGUAACGACGUGGGUCCAUCAUCUUCCAGUAAGACGGCAAACAAGUUCGAGGGCCUGUCCCAGCAGUCGAGCACUGCUUCUGCAAAGACUGCCCUUGGCCCAAGAGUUCUUCCUAAACUACCUCAGAAAGUGGCAUUAAGGAAAACAGAAACCAGCCAUCAUCUCUCCCUCGACAAAGCCGGCGUCCCGCCCGAGAUCUUCCAGAAAUCAUCCCAGUUGGCAGAGUUACCCCUGAAGCCACCACCUGGAGACCUGCCCCCGAAGCCCACGGAACUGGCUCCCAAACCCCAAAUUGGAGACUUGCCACCUAAGCCAGGAGAGCUACCCCCCAAGCCGCAGCUGGGUGACCUGCCCCCCAAGCCACAGCUCUCAGACUUGCCACCCAAGCCGCAGAUGAAGGACCUGCCGCCCAAGCCACAGCUGGGAGACCUGCUGGCCAAACCCCCGGCAGGAGACGCCUCGCCCAAGGCUCAGCCCCUGGAGCUCACCCCCAAGUCACACCCGGCAGACCUGUCCCCAAACAUCCAGAAGCAAGCGUCCGAAGACGCCAGUGACCUGACGCCCACCCUGCCCGAGACACCUGUGCCGCUGCCCAGGAAGAUCAACACGGGGAAGAGUAAGGGGAGGCGAGUGAAAACCAUCUACGACUGCCAGGCCGACAACGACGACGAGCUCACCUUCAUGGAGGGCGAGGUGAUCGUGGUCACGGGGGAGGAGGACCAGGAGUGGUGGAUUGGACACAUCGAAGGGCAGCCUGAGAGGAAGGGGGUCUUUCCAGUGUCCUUCGUCCACAUCCUGUCCGACUAGCACCAGGCAGAACCUUGAGAUUGUCCGCCUCCGUCAUGCCAGACUGCUGCGUCCACUCCCCCUGCGCACACCGUGUAUAUAGCUGCUGUUACUGAACGGGGAGCUCGGAGGGGCCGCCUCAGGAGGGAACAGAGCGUGUGCUGUAAAUACCUGUGGUCUUCUGCCUUCGCCAGUAUUAGGGUAGCCUUGGGACCCGGUGCGCCUUACUGGUCUGCCAAAGCCAUCCUUGGCAUCUAGCACGUACAUCUCUCUCCUUGCUGUUUUCCAAGCAAACCAACAAAAACAGGAAUAUAGGAACUGCUGGCUUUGCAAGUAGAAGUGGUCUCCAGCCACCGUCGAAGGGCAUAGCAUUGACUCCCUGUCCCUCACAAUGCAGUAUUCUCCAUUGUGUUACUGAAAAUGCAACAUUAGCCAAGAGGUGGGUUCUGUUUUCCAGGUGAGACGUUUUGCUCCACGACAGACCAGCCUGUAGUUAUCUGUGUACACAGUUUACAGCUCCAAAAACCUCCUUCGGUAUUUAUUACAGAAAAGUGCUCAGUUAAAUGUAAGUGUUACUCCUUCAGCAAAAUCUCCACUGACCCAAAACCUUGGUGGCAUUUUGCAGUGCCCACAGCCUCGUGCAAGGUCAGACAAGUGGGUUUAUACUGUCUUAAGAGGAUGAGUGCCCGCCCCUGAGAUAUUACCUCAUUAUGCAAAAAUAACAUAUCCUUCAUAGCUAUUUUCACAGAAGUUUAAAACACAUCUGAUGAAGUUCAACUUUCAGGAACCAAGGACUGCCAGAAGCUGUUAGCCUCUACAUUAUGCAUGCAUUUAGAAGCUUACCUGAAAUCUGCCUUUUAUAAAGGAAUAGUGUGGUUAAGUUGAACUGUACUUUUUUAAACUCGAUUGCCAUUAAAGCAGAAAUUAUAAGGUUGCAA